AGCCGUUACCUUUCUAACUUUCCUUUUCCUCUUUUCUACUCUUCUCCCAAACAAACCCCUAUAUAUAUCAAUUUCAUUCAUAUAGCCGCACACUACUAAUCUUCUCUCUUCUAAGAAAGUAAAAGUAAAAUUAAUUUUGUGAUAAAAAUGGAUCGGAAAAACGUUAUUUGGAUCGGUUUUCUUUGCAUUAUCGUCGCCGGCGUAGGGGGACAAGCUCCUGCCACGUCACCCACUUCUACUCCCGCAUCACCAACGCCCACUACCCCUGCACCUACCGGUUCUCCACCUCCGGCGACUUCUCCGCCGCCGGCUGCUUCAUCUACGCCACCUGCAGUAAGUUCACCUCCUCCAUCUGUAUCUUCUCCACCAGCUACUUCACCACUACCUGCCGCUUCUCCUCCUCCACCAGUGAGCGCUCCGCCACCAGCAACUCCUCCACCAGUGAGCGCCCCGCCACCAGCAACUCCUCCACCAGUGAGUACUCCUCCGCCGGUUUCGGCACCUGCACCGAUUGCAACUCCACCUGCUUCAACUCCGGCACCUACUCCGACGACAAAGGUAGCCACAUCUCCAGCACCUUCGCCUUUGGGAUUGUUGAGUCCUCCAUCACCACCAAUGGGUUCUCCGUCACCGAGUACUAACUCAGAUUUAUCUCCUGCUCCAUCAGCCCCUGAUCAGAGUGGAGUGGAGAGCAAUAUGAGAUUUUCAAAGAUGAUUAUGGGAAGUUUGGUUUUUGGAUGGGGUCUACUCUACUUGCUGAUUUAGAAAUCUCUCUGAGAUUUUGAGCUCAUCAAUUGCUUUUGCCACUAUAUAUUAAUAUGAAAUGCCAUCACUUUAGCUUAUUAGUAGGAUGAUGAUGGCUUUAUUUUUCUCACAUGUACUUGGAUUAUUCAUCUUGGAUUCUUUUUGGAGGUUUCUUGUUGAGCGGGGGGGGGGGGGGGACUUAUUUUUGUUGUGGCCUAUUGUUCUUAAAUUUAAACUACUAUUAGCUAGCUCAUCCCUUAUUGUUUUCUUCUUAAUUCAUUUCUUGUGGGAAAUAUAUGUAUAUAUCAACCUUAAUUAAUUAGUCCCUCUAGCUAUGUCACAAGAUGCAUAAAUAUUGUUCACAAAGUAGGUUAACAC